AUGGAGAGAAGAACACGAACAUCUACUACAGGAGUGUCAGAUCUGGUAGUAAAUCCUCAUCAUGGAAAUAGACUGAAAAAUGGCACAAAGUCGAAGAGAGGUAAGACUUUUACGGGUUGUUGGACAUGUAGAUCAAGGAAAGUCAAAUGUGAUCUUCGACGUCCUCAUUGUCAGAGGUGUGAAAAAUCAGGAUUAGUAUGUGGUGGUUAUGAUAUUAAGCUGCGAUGGUCCAAGCCUCUUCAGUUUGACGAAUUUGGUGUACCCAUAUCAGCAGCGCAAGGUAACGCACAGGACAAUACCAGCGGUGCCAGUAACGAUGAACCUCAGUAUCAGAGAAGAAAUAUUGAUUUUGUUAGAUAUGAUGAAGAGUACGAAUUUUAUGAAGACAUGGAUGAUGAAUUAAGUACGCUUCACAACCCACCAUUGGAGAAAAUUGCUGAUAACAGGACUUGGAUUAUAAAGAAAUUUGGCGUAUUUAAAGGUACUGAUGAUGCACUUUUGAAUUACGGUAAGAAUAAGGGAAAGAGGAGAAAGAUGGAAAAACCGGUUGAACGGCAAGAACCAGCUAUUGAAUCUUCUAAUUCACAGACGGCACCUGCUUCUGUUCCAUCUACAGCCCCAGUUAUGGAUGAGCAAGAAAUACUCGAUAUGACUUAUGCAACUCCCAAUAAUCAUGAGUGGAUUUCAAAAGAAUUGAGAGAUGAUGCAUUACUUUCAGCAUCUGCACUUCAAGGCUUCCCCAUUAUGGAUCUUCAAUUUGAAGAUAAUACAGCGCCAUUAGAUGAAGGUAUCGGUAGUGCGAUUCAAGAACCAAAUGAUUUUUUCUCCACUAGUGGUGAUGAUGCAGCAUUAUCACGGGCAUUACGUCUUCUAUUUCAUAGGCAUCCGUCACUCGAUGUGGAAAAAGUUGCUACACCUUCGCAUAAAGAUUCCAGUAUGGAGCCAAUUGUACCAUUGGGGAAUCAAAUCGAUAUAGACUGCACGUUAUUAGAUUCUAAGAUGCCUAAGCCUGCUAUGGAAGUUGUAGAUUCGCAAUUACCAGAUCCUAGAAUCUUUAACGUUCCUGGCUCUCAAAAUCCUUUUUUACAGUUACCCACUACAGGAGUCCAAAUACAUGGAUUGACUCGAUUUCUGUUGAAUUACUACUAUAAAAAUGUUGCAGAUCUCAUGACAGUAGUCGCUCUGAAUCAAAAUCCUUGGAAAAAACUAUAUUUCCCGAGAGCUUUGAAAGCUGUAGGUGAUUUAGCUGGUAUGGGUUAUACUGCCAAUUCUCGCAAUUCUUUGCUAAAUGCCCUGCUAGCGGUUUCCUGCUUUAAUCUACAGAGUAAAUUCGUGAAGAAUUCACCGGAGAUGCAAUUUUAUCUCAAUUUGGGGAUCGAAUUUAGGAAGCAGGCCUCCUCUUUUCUCAAAAUAUGUCUCAGUAAUACAGUUAAACAAGAAAGGUAUAAAGACGUGUUGACCGCGAUUCUUUCCAUGAAUUCUAUCGAUGUAGUAUGGGGGACCAUGGCUGAUUGCCAACAACACCUAACGAUUUGUGAAAAUUUCGUUAAGGCUAGAAUGAAAGCAAGACCAAAGAUUUCCGAAAAGGCUAAAACUUUGCACAGAAUUUUCUCUUUUCUAAAAUUAAUUCAAGAUAGCACCGCUCUAGACCAGGUCACGGAUCAAGAGAUUAACGAUGAUGAAAAUAAAGAUCGGGAUACUAAUGAUGAUGGACAACAGGGCUUUGAUUUCAAUACACUAAGAGACCCAAGUCCCGUUAGCGGUUCUGAAGAAGGAUCUUUUAGGGAAUUUGUCAAAUAUGAUGGUAAAAUUCAAAUAGGAUUCGUUAAGGAUAGUAAUAUGGCACAGAGUAGCUCUGUAAGCACUCCUAUUUUCAAAAAUAUUGCCAGUGAAAGUUAUGCGUAUUCAGAUGAAAGAAUGGUCACUGUAGAAGAUAUCAUGAGCACGGAUGCACUUUAUGGAUUACCUCAAUCGUUGAUUCUCUUAUUUUCCGACUGUGUUAAACUUGCAAGACACAAAGAAUACUACAGAUUGAAAAAUAUGACCACUCCAAGGCAUUUCGCAAGUCUUUGUCAAAGGUUCGAGAAACGUCUUUUCAAGUGGAGAUCAGAAUGGAAGUGUCUCAAAGAAGGAUCAGAGGAAUUUAUCAAUGAUACAAUUGAAGGUCUCCAUCAUCAUACAUCCAGUUUUUAUUACGGUUUAUUCAUCUAUUACCAUACUAUGGUCAAGGAUUUGAAUCAUUCAUCUUUACAAAUGUAUGUGGAGAAGGUUUUAACACAUCUUAAACUGAUGAGUAAUUUGAUACUAUUCAAAAAAGUUAGAAUAGUGCCUCUCAUAUGGCAAGGAUUCGUUGCUGGUUGUGCCAGUACAAAAUUGGAGACUCAAGAAGAAUUUAGGAAAUGGGCGGCUACUCUAGCGUCCAGUGGGAUGGGAUCGUAUUGGGGUGCUAGACAAAUCAUGUUUGAAGUUUGGAGGCGUAAAAGGAAUGGGGAAUCUGGCGAUAGUUGGUAUUCUGUAUAUCGUGAUUGGGAGAUGAAUUUGAUGCUAUCGUAG